AUGUUCGCGCGCUCACGUCGUCGUGUCGUCCUCGACGCCCUCCGAGCGUCGACGCAGGCGUACGCGUCGACGUCGUACGUCGUCGUCACCCCGCCGGUUCCGCAUUGGCGCGUGAACGACGACGCGGUGACGGCGAAGCAGUGGUUGAGGAAACAUUUGCGACACGUCCCGAGCGACGGUGAGAGGGAUUUCAAGGGACCGCACGCCGGUGCGGCGGUGUUCAAGCUCUUUCGCGAUCGUCGGGUUCGCGUUGGGACGUCGGCGGAGGACGGGCGGGUGCCGGAUGGGCGAUUGGAGAGCGCGCGUGGUUUAAGGAGAGCGUCGAGAGCGCGGACGCUGACGCCGGGCGAGUUCCUGUGCGUUCCCGACGGGGCGAGCGGUUACUGGGCGUCUUGGAGCGAUGCAGACCAGGGUGGAGGUGAAAAUAUUAUGAGCGAUCGCGACUGGGCGCUCGGUGAGGGAUUGCGUGCUCGGGUGCGGUAUCGAGACGAGCACGUGGUGGUUGUCGACAAGCCGAGCGGUUUGGCCACUGUUCCGGGCGCCGGGAACGAAGUGAGCGUGUACGAUCUUCGACACACCCUGGAGGCGCCGUACGUUGUGCACAGAUUAGAUAGGGAUACUAGUGGGGUGUUAGUGCUCGCGCGGACGUCGUUUGCGGCGAAUAAGCUCAAUGCGAUGUUUCAACGAAAGAGCAAGACGGAUUUCGCGGCGGUGCUUAGAGCAGAGAUGGAGCUCGGCAAAGCCCCGAGGUACGACGAUAGUGAGAUUCAGCGCACGUAUUGGGCGAUUUGCGCUAAUCCACCGCCUCGUGGGACGCUCGAAGGUUGGAUAGACGCCCCGCUCGCGGACACGGACGAGGGCGACGGCAGAGGCGACAAUGUUCGCUUGGUCGGCGGUUGGCGAGUGUACGACGUGCAAAAUGGCGACGUCAUCGUCGGUGCAGGCGAGCAAGAGUUCGCGCGCGUGAAUAAAGAGGAGAACGUCUCUUCCAGGGCCGCCACGACUCGGUUUAAAGUUUUAGCAAGCGCUGGAGACGACGGGCCGACGCUCCUGGAGCUUGUCCCGAUCACUGGACGCAAACACCAGCUUCGUGUGCACCUGUCGAAAGCUCUGUCUUCACCCAUCGUCGGCGAUUACAAAUACGGCUUCACCGAUAAGCAAAAACCAUGGCGGGCUCGAUUCGCAGAGAUCGAGCGUCUCGAGCGCGAGCGCGCGUCGAGCGCGGCUGCCGACCGAGACGACGUCUGGCGCGCGCUUCGGCGCGACUCGCUCCGCGGAGCCUCCAAACUUCCCCUCCACCUCCACGCGCACUCGAUCAAAUUCUCACAUCCAGAGGGCGAUCGCAGCGUUCGCGUCGUCGCUGAACCACCCUCGAGCUUCGUUCAGGCUCUCGAUGCGUUCGGGCUAUCUCCGCGCGCGAGCGAAACGUAG